UUUUCAUGUUCACUUUACUUUAAAGGAAGGUAGCUUCAAAGAGGUGACAUAUUUGGUUCUGAUACCAUCUCAAGCCAUGCGUUUUUGGGGGAUAUUUUUGUGUUUGAUCUUCCUGGAGAAAAGUUGGGGACAGAUACAAAUGUCGUGUUGGCCCAAGCCUUUGAUUCCAGAGGAGCAGAGAUACACCAUUGUAACACCAAUAGUCUUCCGAGUUGGAGGAUAUGAACAAGUUACAUUUGAAGCCCACGGUCACACUGACCCAUUUGAUGUAACCAUCUCUAUAAAAAGUUAUCCUGAUAAAAAUGCUAAUUACUCUUCAAGCUCUGUACAUUUAUCACCAGAAAAUAAAUUCAAAAACUCUGCAAUCUUAACAAUUCAGCCCCAACAGUUGUCUGAAGGGCAAAACUCGUCUUCGCAUGUGUAUUUGGAAGUUGUGUCCAAGCAUUUUUCAACAUCAAAAAAAGUGUCAAUCGUCUAUGACAAUGGCACUGUCUUCAUUCAGACUGACAAGCCUGUGUACACUCCAGAGCAGCCUGUAAAGGUUGCCGUGUAUUUGCUGGAUGAAGCCUUAAAGCCAGUCACCAGAGAGACAGUCUUAACGUUCAUAGACCCUGAGGGAUCCGAAGUUGGCAUAGUAGAAGGAAGCAAUCAUACUGGAAUCGCCUCUUUCCCUGACUUCAGGAUUCCUACUAACCCUAAGCCCGGUAGAUGGACGAUCAAGGCUAAAUAUAGAGAAGAUGUUUCAACAGCUGGAACCACACACUUUGAAAUUAAAGAGCAUGAUAAAGCUUUCAAAAUAACCCUCGUUCCAACAAGUGAUCUGGAACACACAAUGGAAAAACAAGCAGGUGGCCUGAGUUUCCAGCCAGCAAAGUCCCUGCAAGAGAUGAUACAUGAGCAAGCUUCUAAAUACAAACAUCCAAUACUGAAGAAAUGCUGUUAUGAUGGAGCCAGAUAUAACCACCAUGAAACCUGUGAGGAACGAGUUGCCCGUGUGAAAAUAGGCCCAAACUGUGUCAGAGCCUUCAAUGAAUGCUGUGCCCUGGCAAGCGAGAAUACCUUUAAGAAUAUCGUCAUGUCGCGUCACGAUGGCAGUGGGUAUUCAAUCAGCAGUAUUUAAAAGACAUAAAUGUGAAAGGGGAUGGUCUGGGAAGAAGAGAGAUGCCUUGCAGGAGAGGGGAUUCUGACAAGAGAGGUAAUGGGGGAGAUGUGAUCAAAUCGUUUAAUGUAUAUGUAUGAAAAUCUCAGUGAAAUCUGCUAUCUUGUACAGUUAAUACUGCACUAAUAAAAAGUCUCUUAAAAGA